AUGGGGAUGGAGGGGCUUCAAGGGUGGUGGAUCAGGGCUAAGGAAGGGAAGGACAAUAUGAUUUCUCUUAAGGAAAUUGAUGCGGAUCCAUCUGAUGAAUCAUCUGUCGACGAUGCUCAGAUCUUUUCUCAAUACUCGUGCAUGUUUCAAUUGAUCCAAUCUUUUAACAAUUUUACAGACCAAUCUGCUCUCAUUUCCUUCAAAUCUCGUAUCAGUUCUAGUCCAAAUGAAACCCGCUUGGCUAAUAACUGGUCAACCGCUCCAAACUCGAUCUGCAAUUGGAUUGGGGUUUCUUGCAGUCGACGUAGGCAAAGAGUCACCACUUUGGACCUUUCCUUCAUGGGUCUCCAAGGCAAUAUUUCUCCUCAUAUUGGUAACCUCUCCUUCCUAGUCUCACUUAAUCUUUCUUUCAACAACUUCUUUGGUUUUAUUCCGCAUGAGAUUAGUCGUUUACAUCGCUUGAGAAAGCUCUUGUUAGCAUCCAACCAAUUGGAAGGAAGCAUCCCUCCUACUAUCCAUAAUUGUCAAAAGCUUCGUGUGGUAAGUUUUGAUACGAACCGUCUUAUUGGUGCAAUUCCAUUGUCCCUCGGCAAUUUGUCAAUGUUGGAGUUCUUGAAUUUGGAGCACAAUAGUCUCACUGGUCCACUUCCUUUAGUAAUCUUUAACAUAUCUUCUCUAAAUGUUUUUGCUGUUACAUCUAAUCACAUCUUGGGAGCUCUUCCUAAUGAUCUUUGUAGCCAUUGUCCCAAUCUUAAAGGACUUUAUUUCUCGUAUAACAAAUUUGGCGGUCAGCUCCAUUCGAAAUUUAAUAAUUGUGGGGAGCUUGCAGUUUUAUCUUUGGCAUAUAAUACAUUUGAGGGGAGUAUUUCGAAAGCUCUAAUUGGAAAUUUACAAAACCUUGAAGUCCUCUAUCUUGGAGGUAACAGUUUCACUGGUAUCAUACCUUCUACCAUAUGUAAUUUUUCAAGGUUGCAAGAAUUCAUGAUUGAGAAAAACCACAUCCAAGGAAGCAUUCCGACUGAUUUGUGGCAUCUUCCAAAAUUAACUACUUUGGUUUUGGGAGGGAAUAACUUCAAAGGUUCAGUACCUCAAAAAGUCUUCAACCUUUCUUCUUUACAACUUAUUGACUUCCAGGAUAAUUUCCUCUCUGGAUAUCUUCCAUCACUAGAUUCAAGGCAAUAUUCUUGCCCUAAUCUUGAAGAAAUUACACUUGGUGGAAACAAACUCAGUGGUCAUAUCCCAUCCUAUCUUUCGAAUUGUUCCAAGCUCAUCACAGUAGACUUUACUGAAAACUUAUUCUCCGGACCAAUUCCUAAAAGUCUUGGAAACUUAAAGUACCUCCAACGUCUUUAUUUGGGUGCAAAUCAGCUAAUAGGCUAG